AUGGGCUACCAGUGCUAUUGCAAUUGCGUCUACACUUUCAUGUUAAGGAAAAAUCCUUCCUUGUAUCACGGAUAUCCUGUUUUCAGCUGGCUUUUAGCGCCAACAGUUCCAGAGUUUCUGUUUUGUUCACACUCUUCUGUAGGCGCAUUGUGCCACGCAGCUUCUAGAAUUGCUUUGUAUCUAUCAGCACACGAACUCAGUGCUCCCUUUGACCAGUUACUAUCCCUAAAUAUAAUAGCCAUGCAAUUAGUACUAUUGUGUCUACUGAUACUCAAGCUCACUCCAGCCUUUGCAACCACCCUGAAUGAUGCCUAUGGUGAUGAUAGUAGUGGCUGUCCAUUAGGGACUGACAUAUACCAAUACACUUGCCCUGAAGCUGAGGCCAUUAUCUUCUCUUGGGUGGAGCAGGCAGUGUCUCAUGACUCAAGAAUGGCAGCGUCACUUCUUAGGCUACAUUUCCAUGAUUGCUUUGUCAAUGGUUGUGAUGGUUCAGUCUUGCUAGAUGACACACAGGACUUUGUUGGCGAGAAAACUGCGGGUCCAAAUUUGAAUUCACUCAGAGGAUUCGAAGUAAUUGACCAAAUCAAAUCCGAACUAGAACUAGUCUGUCCACAGACCGUCUCUUGUGCUGACAUACUGGCAACUGCUGCCAGAGAUUCAGUUCUUCUGUCAGGAGGUCCAAUUUGGGAGGUGCAAAUGGGAAGGAAAGAUGGCAUUACUGCUAGCAAGAAUGCAGCAAAUAAUAACAUCCCAGGUCCAAACUCCACUGUUGAUGUGCUUGUAGCGAAGUUCGAGAAUGUAGGCCUUACACUUAAAGAUAUGGUUGCCCUUUCAGGUGCGCACACAAUUGGUAAAGCUCGCUGCAGAACAUUUAGCUCGCGUUUUCAGACUAGUAGUAACUCAGAAAGUGCCAAUGCUAACAUUGAAUUCAUUGCAUCAUUGCAACAGCUAUGCUCAGGACCAGAUAAUAGUAACACAGUUGCACAUCUUGAUUUGGCUACACCUGCUACUUUUGAUAAUCAAUAUUUUGUUAAUCUUCUAUCUGGGGAGGGAUUGCUCCCAUCAGACCAGGCUCUUGUGAAUGGGAAUGAUCAGACACGACAGAUUGUCGAAACCUACGUGGAGAACCCAUUAGCUUUCUUUGAGGACUUCAAGCUUUCUAUGUUGAAAAUGGGAAGCUUGGCAUCACCAACUCAGACUAGUGGCCAGAUUCGUAGGAACUGCCGAACUAUUAACUAAUAUUUCUUAGCCUUUGGUUUUUAAGUAAAAUAAUAACAAUUAUAUACAGUUCUCAAGCUGAUAUUGCCCUACGUAAAAGCAAUAUGGUAGUUGCAUGCUAAUGGAUUGUUAACUAUGUUACACUACGGGGUUAAAUAUUAAUGAUUACUUGAA